AUGGUUCAGGAUGCUGAGUUGACUUUCCAAUCCUUACGAAUUGCGUUUUCAGACCAAAUUCGAGGCAAUUUCGUAAGACUUCCGCUUUCUAUUGUUCAUGUACUUGAAAACACCGCGAUACCCGUUCAAGAAUUCGGAAUCACAGUGAGUACAGAUGAAAGCAGGGUGUUUGUAGGAUGGGAUGGUUUCGAAGCAUCGCAAUCACUCAACGGACAAAGUUGUGUACAAAUUAAUCCUAUCCUGGCCGCAGCGCACAAGAUCAGGGAAGGAUCAGUGGUGAACUUGCGAAUCAGACAUUUUGAUCAAAGUUUAGUGGCUAACGAAGUCUACGUAGAACCGCAGUCAAGUGAUGAUUGGGAGGUUAUUGAUGGAAAUGCCAGGUUCCUUCAGGACAAUAUGCUAUCCCAGACACGAAUUGUGGCACAAAAUGAGUUGCUGAUAUGCUACGUUGAGCAUACGGUGGCGAAGUUCACAGUUCAAAAAAUCGUCCCGUCAUUUUCAGGUGCUGCAAGAAUCACUACUGAUACAUUGAUCAUAGUGGCGCCCAAAGUCAACAAGUCAAGACUUGUGAAUGGUAAAUCUGAACGGUUGGAAGAUACGCACUCAACGCACAGACCAAUUGUUCUAAGAACAGUGCAGCAGACUGAAAAGCUGCGAGGUUUAUCUAUGAGUGUUUCCCCGCAAGUAGUCAAGUCUUCUCUGGCCCUUAUAUGUAUCGUAAGAAACCCUUUGGAGCCGUUGUCCGAGGGCAACUCAGAAGAAGAGACAAAACUUCAAAGUGCACAAAGCAUUGCUGUUUCCGUGACAGUUGAUACCAAAUUAUACGAAGGGCAUCUCGGGCUAUCUCGCCUUACUUGGGCUUCUCUUGGACUUGAUCCUCAAAAUGGUCACAAAGUAAAAGUGAGUUUUGUCUCUCUUCCACCCGAGCAAGCUCCACCAACCGCAUUCGUUUAUCCUAUAGAUCAAUCCAAAGACAUCAAGGAAGCUUUGAUUGUUGGCAAGCGUCCAACUCCGCAACAGCGUGAAUUUCAGGGCUUGAAUUCAGAGAUGACGGGCUCAGUACUGACAAAUGGGUUAGUUUUGCCACUCGACCAGGUAUACCUUGAAUUGGUUUCAAAAACAGGAGAACAUGUGCCGUUCUAUGAAUGGCAGGAUUCAGAGAUCGAAUUUAAAGUUAUGGAUAAACCUGUUAAAGUUUCCUGGACUGAGCAUUUCGAAACUAAAACGGAGCUCCCGAUAUGCGUUGGAAUCGAAACGCUAUUAGAACAAAUUCAGAAUUAUCUAAUGCUUCCGAUAAUGAACUCUGGUAGCUCGCUGGUAACUGGGUCUAGCGGUAUAGGCAAGACUUUACUCGUUAAGCAAGUCAAAACGCACCUGGAGUCUACGACGGCUUUGCAUGUUGAGUAUUUAGACUGCGAAAGCUUCAUGGACAAUACCAAUUUUGUAAAAAUGAAGCAAACCCUGCAGCGACUGAUGGCAUCUUGUUAUUGGUAUGCGCCAUCUCUACUGAUAUUAGACAAUGCCGAAAUUUUGUUUCCUCACAACAAAUCCGAGGAUGAACUUCAAUCCCCAAGCAAUGCAAUCGACGUUUCUUCCAGGUUAAGCCGAGUCUUUAUUCAAGAACUUGAGCAACUUCUAACAAAGGCAACAGGAAGUGUGCGUGUGCUUCUAACAGCAGAGCGACGUGAGAAACUAAAUCAAACACUAUUUUCAAGACACGCAAUUGGCAAGACAUGGAACCUAAAUGCCCCAGGACGAGAAUUUCGGGCUACUCUCAUCAAUCAGUUUCUGAAAGACAAAUCUUUAAAUCUUUCGGAUGAUCUUGACCUCUCUACAUUAGCCACUGAAACCGAAGGCUACUCCCCGAGAGAUCUUCUUCUCUUGUCAGAAACACUAUUGUGCGAACAUCUUUGCGAUCAAUUGAGCACAUCUCUACCAGUGACACAAGAUACUUUUGAGCGGACUAUUUCCUCCUUUACGCCUUCUUCCCUGAGGGGUAUAAAGUUGCAAAAGGACACGGGCGUCAGAUGGUCUAGUGUGGGUGCGAUGCACAAAGCGAAGGAACUUUUGUUGGAAACACUGGAAUGGCCUAUCAGGUAUGCGCCCAUAUUUUCGAAAUGUCCUCUACGGUUGAGAUCUGGUAUUCUGCUGUACGGGUACCCUGGAUGUGGCAAGACAAUGCUAGCGAGCGCUGUGGCUCAACAAUGCGGGGUAAAUUUCAUAUCUAUCAAGGGUCCUGAGAUUUUGAACAAAUACAUUGGAGCCAGCGAACAAAGUGUGCGAGAAUGCUUUGAGAGAGCACAGGCUGCACGACCUUGUGUACUGUUUUUUGACGAGUUUGACUCUAUUGCGCCUAAAAGAGGGCACGAUUCCAUAGGGGUAACAGACCGGGUUGUGAACCAAAUGCUGACACAGAUGGAUGGUGCAGAAGGUCUGGAGGGCGUCUACGUCUUAGCUGCUACCAGCAGGCCAGAUUUGAUAGACUCCGCCCUUUUACGGCCAGGGCGUCUCGACAAAAGCGUGCUUUGCGGAUUGCCCUCGGCUCCCGAAAGGUUGGAAAUACUCCAGACCAUUAUAAACGCUGGGGACAUGUUAAUAGAUUCAGAUUGCGAUUUGAAAGAGGUUGCAAAUAAUACUGAGGGUAUGUCUGGCGCUGAUCUGCAGGGCCUAUGCUAUACGGCGUAUUUGAAAAGCGUGCAUCGCAAGAUGGAGCUGGAGCCCCAGCCAAAACAGGUACAAGACCGUACAGAUGACGGCGGGGUCUCUUUUGAGUAUUUCAUGGCGAACGGAGAUUGUGCUGACGCAGCGUGUGUUCUGAGAGCGAAGGAAGUUUUGGCAACGCAAAAUGCCGCACCAGUGGCCUCAGCGACGCUGCUAAAUUCCACUAAUCAAAACAGCUCUAACGCUACCGAGAACAAAUCUCCACGCAUCUCUAGCGACGAUUUACGAGACGCAUGUCGUGAGACCAAACCUUCGAUUUCGGUCGCAGAGCUUGAAAAAUUGACAAAAAUCUACGGCUCAUUUUCUAGUAAUAGAGAUGCCAAAAUGCCAUCUGGAGAGGCUUCUAAUGAGAUUGGUGGAAGGAUGACGUUGAUGUGA